UUACUUCCACCAACAUCUCACCAUCCGCAUUACCUUACCACCGACUAUCACCUGCACUUCUACACGACGCAAUUGGAACAGACCAGGUCAAACCACCUUCGCCAGCCAUCUGAACACCUUGGAGACAUAAAGGAAGGAAGUCAGAAAAAUAAAAAUAAAAUAUAAAAUGGUUGACAUCAUCCCGCUCUCGUCAUACCCCUCCUAUAUCUCGCUUCUCCCCUCGAUCCAGACCUGCAACAUCACAAACCUCCCGGAAAACUACUUCCUGAAAUAUUAUCUAUACCACGCCCUUUCGUGGCCACAGUUGAGCUUUGUCGCUGUCGUGCGACCCAAACAUAACAGCUUGAAAAAUGAGUAUCCAAAGGUAGUAGGAUACGUGCUCGCGAAGAUGGAAGAGGAGCCAACAGAUGGGAUUGCCCACGGCCACAUAACCAGUCUGAGUGUCAUGAGAACGCACAGACGGUUAGGGAUUGCAGAGCGAUUGAUGAAAAUGAGCCAACGCGCAAUGGCCGAAUCACACCGCGCCGAAUAUGUCUCCCUACACGUGCGCGUCUCCAACAACGCCGCCCUCCACCUCUACCGCGACACGCUAGGUUUCGAAGUCGAGAAGAUCGAGUCAAAAUACUACGCCGACGGCGAAGAUGCGUACGCCAUGAGGAUGGACCUGCGGCCGUUUUGGGUUAAAGAGGACCGUGUUGGCAAUACUAAUAGAGAACAGAAACAAAGUACCAAGACAGAAUCUGCUGCCGCGGAUAAUGAUGCUGAUACACAUGCUGAUGAAGGCGAAGAGGUUGGCGAGAUGGGGAAGCAGCCUGGAGAGAAGGAUGAGAAAGAGAAAGAGAAGGUUUUCCGGGUUAAGGUUGGAAGAGCGCUCGGGGUGGGUGAUCUUGUGGAACGGAAUGAGAGCGUGCGAUGAGGUGUGUUGGAUCUGGCGGAUGCCUGAUGGAUGUAAUGGUUACAUCCUACCUGGGACUGGUAUUGACCAUCUACGAAGCACCUGGAGGAAGAAAACUUGCGAAAUAUUUGUUUCGAUAUAUAUGCCCAUAUAGACGGCGAUUGUACGAAGUUAUCGUCAGUUCUGUCCGAAAGUCUACACCUUUCUCGGAUAAACCGACCAAGUUACUUGUUUUUCAGGGCCAUGCUUACAACAGUCCAUAAUCUCUUGUUACGGUUUAGGCGAUUGUGAAAUUCAUUAUGAGGAUAUGGAUGAUAGUUAGCCAGACUAUCAUGCAAGAGAAGGGAGCUUGAUUUUGGGCUGUGGGUGAUAUAGGUCAAAGAGUCAAAAAUUUUGCACAAUGAUAUAUGAAUUUGGUUUGUUCAACGCUGCCCCCCUUCGCCAUUACAUUGACAUUCUUCCGACUUCCAUAAGAUGGUAUGUAAUUUAAAAAAAAAUGAUCCAAAGGAGAAAUUAAAUAAGGAGAUAAGCAAAUAUAAGCAAACGGGGGGUGAAGAAAAAGAAAGCAUGGUCGUAAAUAUAGACAUAAAAAGAGACAUAAAUCGACUCGACCUCAGCGCCCGCCAGAAGCCAUGCCUUUAUAUUUGCCUUUAUUCCUCCUCUUCUCCUGCUUCUUUCUCUCCCUCUUUUGGCGCUUAGCCUCCUUUUUCCUCUGCUGCCUAUCGCGCCGUAGCUCUUUCUUCUCCUGCUUAAUCCCCGCUACCAACGUGCGAAACUCCUUCUUGGUAUUCUGUAUGUCUUUCUUGAAAGCCCGUUGCGCCUCCUUAGAGCUUAGAUCACUGGUGGCAGCGGUAGUGCUACAGCCUUUUACGUUGCUGCCCGAGUUACUUGCAGUACCGCGAGAAAAUAAAUGGGUGCCAGUGC